AGGAAAUCAUUUAGUUCUGUGUCGACGAUCCGAAAGGAAAGAACUGAUUAGCGUGCAUAUAGACAUAUGCAAGAGAAAUAAUGAAAAUUGUGAUUUUGUGCAUUAUAUGGUUUCUCGUGCCAAAUGUUUGGAGUGAAUGCGUUUUACAAAUUCCGGACAAUAAAGAGAUUGCUCCUCUAUGGAAAAAGAAUAUUGGUAAUCGUUGGUCGAAAUUUCCUUACAUAACCAAUCGCGUGAAAUUGCAACAUGGCGAAAUCAUUAAAGGAUAUUGUGCCACCAAAUUUAAAGAUAUCUUCAAUAGCGUUGAAGUCAAAAGAAAGUGCGAAUAUGACGAUUAUGACUAUGACUGUCAAGGGGAACCGCUGCGGACGGAAUUGAAAAAAAUAGAAUUAUCUCACAACAACAUAACGAUUGAAUGUUCUGGCGAUUCACUGAAACAUGAAUCGCAUUUACUCAAUAAUCUACACAUAUUAGAAUGUAAUAGCGUCGAAUGGACAGUAAACAUGAAAUCAGUUCAAGAUAGUGAAACGAAAACAUUGUGGUGCAAAGAGGAUCAUCAAAUACUUGAAUUGUCCACCAACAAUUUGGAUCAAAACCGCACUUUAGCGCACAUUUGUUACAAUGUGGAAGAAAUUUCAUUGCAGGCCGUUAAGUAUCCAACAAUAAAGCGUACGACUGAAUCUUGGAAUGUAAAUAAAUUUUUACCCGUUGUUCUGGAUGACCUGCCAGAGGCGAGCAUACUGUCUAGUGAGGUGAAAUUUCUAAACUCAACGCUUCUUCAUAUGGAAAAUGAUGUCUUAACACGUUAUCUUGAAACAUUGAGUGAGGAAAACCCGUGGUUGAAAUUGGCCCGUUAUGAAUACGCCAACAUUAUUCAAAGUAGCCCGUUUAUGAAUCAUUACAAUCAAUAUAAUCAACUAUUGGACAUUUUGUGGUGGCAUGAUUUACGUGUAACAAAUUGGCGACGAUUCUUGAAAGCGUUAGAAGAGCACUCAGCUGUAAAUAGUUACACAAUAUAUACGGGCGCAAUGGGUGCGGUGCAGAUACCAAUCUGGUCAAAUCCAAGCGAAUUUCAAUUUUUGGAUGUUCAGAAUGGUUUCCCUCUACCUCAAUAUAUUUGGACAUAUUUAGAAUCAAGCGACGGUAAAAAUCCGGAUCUGUUUGUGUUCGGAUAUAACUCACCUUACGCUGAGUUUUUCGAUACGAGCGAAGUGAAAUUCUGCGCGGAUACAUGCAGCGAUUUUGAUUGGCUGAAGAAUGCCCGCUCCUCAUUUGAUUAUUCUAAUUUUGGCAUCGUGUUCUGCUGCUCACCAGAAUCAGUGAAAGAAUCUUCAUAUGCAAGAAAGUUGCCCUACAAAAUAUCAGCUCCUGUCUUAGACAUUUCAGAUAACGACGCAACUGUUCCCAUUGGAGAGGAAGAAGUGAAAAAGUUGGAAAAAUCGAGAGAAACAGUAGAAAGCACUGAGAAACCAGAUGUUGUAGAAAAAUCGGAAAUACCGGAAGAACCUCAAACACUCGGAAAUUAUAUUUUUAUUGAUCGUAAUUCUGCUCUUGAUUCGGGUUUUGAGGGUUCUGGUUAUUAAUAUAUAAAGAAUUGCGAGCUUUAAAAAAAAGGCAUGAAAU